AUUGAUGUUUAUGAAUGCUUCAUAGAUGAUGUUCCCUUAAUGAGAAGAUGCUCGGAUGACUGGGUGAACGCUACUCAGAUCUUGAAAGCUGCGAAGUUCCCAAAGGCUCAUAGGACUAGGAUCCUUGAACGCGAGGUCCAAACAGGGGUACACGAGAAGAUCCAAGGUGGGUAUGGUAGGUUCCAAGGUACUUGGAUUCCCUUGGAUAUUGCAAGACCGUUGGCUCAUAAGUAUAACAUUACUGAUGCGAUGGCUCCGAUAUUG